AUGUCUGCAUCGCGUCUUUCCCGCUUCCCGACAUGGCUUAGCCACUGGCUCGGCCACCGCGCCGAACCUCCAGAACCCCUACCGCAAUACCUGGUCGCCGCGUGGUCCUUUAUAGCCGCUUUCUGCGGUCUCUCUGUUAUACAGGGUCUUUUUAAUUAUUCUGAAUACUUUACUUCUCGUCACGUCCCUGGCAUCAUCGCCUCCUAUGUAGGUACCACCACUUCCAGUCAGCGACAUCUGAGUCAGACUUCACCAACGCCACUUGACGUAAAUUUCUAUACAAGCAGAAACACAACUAACCCAAGUCAGGGCGCAUCCGCAGUCCUCUGCUUCGGCGCAAUCGAAAGCCCACUAGCACAACCCCGCGCUCUAAUCUUCGGCCACUUUUUCAGCGCCCUAAUCGGCAUCUGCAUCACAAAACUCUUUAGCCUAAUACCCGACGAAGCGCGCUUCGAAUCGCUGCGUUGGCUCGCGGCAUCGCUCUCAACAGCCAUUGCAAUCGUGGUCAUGCAGUUGACAGGCACUACGCAUCCGCCCGCCGGCGCGACGGCUCUACUCCCUGCCACGGAUGACGCGGUCUGGAACCUCUCGUGGUAUUUAUUGCCUGUUGUGCUGCUUUCGUCGAGCUUGUUGAUGGUUUGUGCGCUGUUGUUCAAUAAUAUGCAUCGGAGGUAUCCUGUUUUUUGGAUUGCACCUUCGCCGGCGAAGCCUGUGCCUGCUCCUUCCUCUGCGCCUGCGCCUGUGGAGUCGACCGUUAAUGGUGAGGCGUAUUCUUCGCAGGAGAAGUUGCCUAAGGAAUCGGUUUAA